AUGGGCUCACGCAAGAAAACGAAGCCAAACCCCCAGGCGCCCGCCGGCAGCAGUAGCACAGGCCCGGACGUCCCACCUGAACCUACCGCUGAUGCAGCCAACACAGACUCGACCACGCUGCCCGGCAGUGGAAUAUCACAGGAUGCGCCCUCAAACACGUCCAUGACAGAGUCGACAUCGACAGCCUCGUCAGUAGCCACCACGGCACCUUCGACUCCUGGUACACAAACACCGAAAGGCAAGAAGUGGUUAUCUGGAUCAGGCAGCUGGCGGUCGAAAGCGCCUGCCAUAGUCAAGACAGCGAAGGAAAGCAUUGGCGUCACUGGAGGCGCCACGGGAGAGCUGGCGGGAGAAGACGCGAAGAAGCCCAGGGACGACUCACCAAAGAAGUUCCUUACCAAGCGCAAGUCGAGCAAAGGCGAUGCGAUACCCGCGGCUAUGACCAAAGUCAAUGUCUCUUCAGACGGUCUCGUCGACGAACCGCAACGCGACGACCCCCCCAACGAAGCCGAAGAACCGUCAACACCAAACGUCGACGAGCCUCCAUUACCACCCGAGCCGCCGAAAGCACAAACAGAUGCAACUGCAAAUACAUGGGCAUGGCGGAGCUGGUGGUCGCGGCCUGAUGGAUAUGCAGAGGCAAACAGGGUCAAAAAUGACGCCCAGAGCACACCUCUCCCCGGGCCAACGCCAUCAGAGGAACCGGAUGCGAAGGUGAAAGGUCUGGAGAGCGCUGCUGUUGUAGUGGCGAGUGAUCAAAACUACGAUGCAGAAAUGGAAGAUGCUCCUCGCGCGCCAGCGCCCGUGCAAGAUACAGAGAUGGGGGACGCUCCAGGUCCGACUGACAAAGCUCCGACAAGGGUUACAUCCAGUGGCUCGUGGUUCUGGUCGUGGAGCAGGGCGCAAAACGCACAAGGCAGUGCUCACGUAGCACCUCCGGCUACCCAAGACACCUCCGCGCUGAAGCCAGACCAAGAUUCUGACGCAACACCAAAAGCAAUCUCAGAAGCACCACCCGAGACGCUACCCUCGGAAGCUUCGCCAGAGGUGACUUCUACUCCUGCCGCAGCUGCUCAAACUACCACUUCAGCAUCGACGAGACCAUCUGCAUGGGCGUUCUGGUACACUAACAAAGGGAAGCCGGACGAGGCGGCCAAGCCCGCUGACGGUGGAGCACAGAAGCAUGUCGGUGAGGUAGCAGUGUUCGAUACACCUUCGCAGUCACACCCAGAGGCAGCCCAAUUCAAUGAGCAAGCAGAGCCAAAGCCAAAGCAAGCCAUUACUGAAGAGCCACAGCCCAAGGAGCAACCAUCCAAAGAGGAGCCGUUGGCCAAGCGCUCUUUCAGAUCUCUUCGAGGGCGGCCGAAGACAAAGAGCACACCCAAUGACACGUCCACCUCCAGCAAGACAGCAAAUCCAACUAAAGAUUCGCCUGUUCUGGGGCCUACAAAGCCUGAAACAGCCCCAGCAGCUCAACCAGCACCAAAGCACGUGCCGAAGAUCAAGCAAGAACCAUCAAAUCUUAUCCUACCUGAGUUUAAGACUACCUACCAACUAGUCCAACAACCAAGCUUCUGGCAGCAUGUCCGCCAGUACUUCCUCGGUGGUGAGCCUGCAACGCCGCAUUUGCAUAUUAAUCCCGCACCGCCACGUUUGAAGAAGGCUGUCGCGAUUGGUAUUCAUGGCUUCUUUCCUGCGCCUAUCAUACAGAAAGUGCUAGGUCAGCCGACAGGGACAUCGAUACGCUUCGCGAAUGCCGCAGCAGCCGCCAUCACAGACUGGUCUGCAGCCCGUGGAUACGAGCCGGAAAUUGAGCAAAUAGCAUUAGAAGGCGAAGGUUUCGUCGCCGAGCGGGUGAACUCACUUUGGAAACUCUUACUCAAUUGGAUCGAGCACAUUAAAGCCGCGGAUUUCAUCCUCGUCGCAUGUCACUCCCAGGGCGUGCCAGUCGCUAUGAUGCUAGUUGCCAAGUUGAUCCAGUUUGGUUGCGUGAACACGACGAGGAUCGGUGUUUGUGCCAUGGCAGGCGUCAAUAUGGGUCCAUUCAUUGAGUACAAGACGAAGUACUUCGGCCCUACGGCUGCUGAGCUGUUUGAGUUUUCGAACCCGAAGAGCUUGGUUAGUCAGAUGUAUCUCGCUGCGCUGGAUGAGGUGCUGAGGUUUGGCGUACGGGUUCUGUAUGUGGGGAGUAUUGACGAUCAGCUGGUGUCGCUGGAGUCUUCCACUUUCUCUACACUCUCGCAUCCCUACAUCUACCGCGCCGUUUUCGUGGACGGGCGCAUUCAUGCGCCCGAUUUCCUCACUCACCUCGUCGGCUUCACGCUCAAGCUCCGCAAUCUCGGCCUCCCAGACCAUGGUCUCAUCCGUGAACUCAGCCCCGCACUUGCAGGCUCAUUAUACGGUGGCGAGGGCCACUCGAGAGUAUACGAAGACCCUGCAGUCUACGCCCUCGCCGUUCAACAUGCCCUCGAGACAACCUCUCUACCUAUUCCUCCACAACAAAGACCUGGUACAAGUGGAAGUUUCCAGGGCAUCAACAUACCUAUCAUCGGUGAAAAAGCAACUGGGAAUCUAAGAGAAGACGUAUAUAAACUCCGUGUCAAGGACUACGAACAGUCUGCCAACACGGCGAAUCAAAACCCAUUCUUCCUGCCGUGGGCGAUGAGAGGACUGCUGGAAGAAGACUUUGUGAAGAAGGAGUUAGGGAAAGAGGUCGAAGAUCUACUGGGCAUGUUCGAGGCGUGGAAGCCGACGGGGAAACAGUUGAAGGAUGUCAAGUUCCGGUUAGAGGGUGUGCGGAGCAAACUUUGA